UUCAUUCCCUAAAUUCUCAAAUAAACUAAACUUCAAUAACACUACUAUAAUUAAGAUUAUCUCAUUCUACAAGAAUUAUAUGAAAGAAAUUGAAUUGUUUAAAAAUACAGAAGACCAUUUGGAAGAGGAGGAAGAUAAUGUACAAGGAUUAAGUGCCGAGGAAAUGAGAUUAUUUAUUCAAGAAAGAUUGAAUAAAAUGCUCAUUACAUUAAAUUUUGAGGGCUAUCAAGUAAUUUUGAGAAAAUAUUUGAGAAUUGUUAAAAGCAGAAAUGAGCAAAUUUUGAGUGAUUCACAAAUUGAUAUAAACAGUUUAUUAAAAAAUAAAAAUCAAAAUCUUGAAGCAUUUGUCAAUAUUGUUAAUAAUGCCAUUGUGCCUUUAUUGGAGUAA